UGUACAUGUGCCUGGAGCUUCAGCCUUCUGACGGUCCUAAGGUGCUCUUAAGGUGGGUGGGUAUUAUGGCGUAAGCCUGUAAAACCAGCACUCCGAGGGCUGAGACAGGAGGAUUAUGUACAUGUGUAAGCACAUGAUAAAUCAAAGAUAUUUCUUUUUUUUAAAAAAUAAUUAAUUAUUUUAAGUAUAUAUGAGUACACUGUAGGAUUAUGAGUUUGAGGUCAGUCCAGUGUGCGUUGUGACACCUUGUUUUCAAGCGACCUGCCUCUUAUCUUUCUAGUGCCGAUCGGUGGCUUGCUGGUCCUUGGGUUAGAAUUGGCCUUUGAAACCAGCCCUGUUCUAUCUGCUCUGUAAACUGAGAGCCACCUUCUCCAUUUGAGCCUCAGCUACUCCGUCCGUAAACAGACAGAUUGCUCUGGAUGAGUCGCACCCUAAAAUCCUUUCGCCUGCCUUCUUUGAAGGACAGUUUUGCUGUGUGGAGCUUCUAUAAUUUAUUUGGGAGGUGUUUUAAAUGCUAUGUCUGGAGGCCAGUGAGGUGGCUCAGUGGGUUAGAGUCCCUUGGCUGUCAAGCCUGACAACCUGUGUUUGAUUCCUCAAUCCCAUAUGGUAGAAGGAGCAAAUCUAUUCCUGCAGGUGGUCCCCGGACAAACACGCACACGCGCGCGCACACACACACACACACACACACACACACACACACAAACACACAUACACACACGCACACGCACACACACACACAAACACACACAAACACACACAUAUACACACACAUACACACACACAAACACACACACAAACACACACACAUAAACACACACACAAACACACACAUACACACACACAUACACACACAAACACACACACAAACACACACAUACACACACACACACACACACACACACACACACACACACCAUGGUGCACACAAGUCCCCUCCCUGCCCAAAACAUAAAUAAACGUAAUGGGGUCUGUUUAAACCUUAAAACAAAAAAUGAUUAGGUUUUCAAUUCAGCCCUUUAACUUCAGGGUUUGUUUUUUUUUAAGUUGUUUAUUUUUUCCCACUACAGAAUUUGCAUUUUUGCUCCUGUGUAUUCCUCCUCUUUGUGGUACACACAAAAGAACUGCCAUAACCAGCAAUUACAGAAAAUGUUUACCCAGAAUCUUCCAGAAACAAGGAAGAGGCCCAUGACAUCUUAAGGAAAAUAUGAUAAAUACCUUUUGUCCCCGGUCAUUGUGCAUGGCAUGAUUAUAGUUCAGGAAAGGGUGGGCCAGUCUUCCCUCUGAAGUGGUGUCACCAGCAAUCCAGCACAGCGGUUGAGUUUACACAAAGGAGUAGCCUGUGGGGCCUAGGCUGGUGGUGUGUCCCAUCAACCCUGGCAUGCCAUCCCACGGUCUGACCCCAUGAUUGAGACCUCAGAGCCAGUGUGAUGUGAUUUAACACAGGAACCGAGAAGUCUGGUGGUGCUAUCUCCACCACCUGUGUGGCUUGUACCACCUGUCAGAAUUCAGUCUGAGGACCCACAGCACUGAGCGGCAGGCAGGGCUGAGGGGGAACAUCUGGAGACUGUCUGUCAUUUACGCUGGGCUAGAGAGAUUGCUCAGAGGGUUAGAACCCUUGCUGUGCAAGCUGUGGCUGUCCCUCUAACUCCCAACUCUGUGAGGAAAGCAGAGGCAGGAUCACUGGGGAUGGAGAAAGGGAUGGAGAGGGAGGGAGAGAGACAGACAGAGACAGAGAGACUAUGCUGCUCCUGUCUCCUCACUCUGGUAGGUCCCAUGUGUAGCAAACCUUAUUCUCAGAAUCACAUCUAUAAUGUACAGUGCUAAGCCUUGACUGUAUUUUAAAAUGUGGCCACUGCUGGGUCACCUGCCUUUAGACUGUAACCAAAGCUUGAGUUAGAGGGAGAAAACAUGAUGGUGUCAUUAGAUGUCUGCUGGUGGCUGGAGAAGAGGAUUUUCAACCCUUCUUUGAAAAGAAAAAGUAGCCUGUUAGACGUUACCCUGGGUGUAGGUUCCCCUUGGUACCAGAACAGGGCUUGGUAGGCAUCUGAGCUUGGCUGAGGUUUGGGUACCACACUGAGGAAGGUGCAGCAUCUCCUCAGCUGUCACCUUCAGAGUGGCUGGUGGGGUCCCAGCAAACACCACAGGUGCAGAAGCCGUUGCUACAGAACCUUUCUCCUGCAUGUUCUCAGCUCACCAGGGAGGAGUGCACAUAGGGAGGGCACACAGACGCCUGUGAGGUGUGAAUCGUUGCAUCCUGAGGAUGUGGGUGAGGUGACUAGCGUGUGAGUCUGGUUAUGCCCGAGGGCAUACAGACAGACUUCACCACCAGCCCACUGUUGACCUUGUGGCAGCCCGAGGUGCUCCAUGGCUCUUGCUUGACUGCAGCCACCGUUGGUUGUUGUGGCCAUGUUGAAAACCUGUCUGACCCACUUCUCCUGCUUGGUCUUUAAGGGGCAAAAUUAAUUCAACUCAGCAGAUUUUCAGAAGUGCCCGAUUCCUCUGGGAACAUCUGGUGGGUAUGCUUUCUGCAGAGCUGCUGGGACUUAAGUUCAUGUAGAAGGACCUGAAGUUACCAGGUGAAAUGCACUGGCUAAAGUUCCCAUGUGGCUGCUGUUCUGAGAAGGUGGGAAGUUGGGGGCUGGCUCAUUUAGCACCCUGUUCCCUCUGCCCCCUGACGAGUGAAGCAAAUGCCGUCAAGUGCCCGUGAGCUUAAACUACCUGAGUUGUUGGGAAAUCAAAGAUGAACCCAAGGCCAGGCCGGGAGACAACCGGUCAGGGAGAGUCUAGCUGCACCCCAGGAGUCACCCUUACCUUCACAGAUCAUGCUGUAUUGAAUCUGACGAGAGGAUGACAUGCUGGCUGGCUGCCUUGAGGUACUGCCUGCAAGGCCCUCCCCCACUAUUAUUCCCAUUCUGGUCAAACAGGAACACGCGCCUCUAGGGGCAUCCGUCUGCAGAAAAGCCAGCCCUUUGGGACCUCGUCCAGUCUUGUGCCCUCAGACUGACUCUUGAGCCAUUGUCUCUGAGCUGCAAAGGCUCACUAGGACAGUAGUUAGAAUCAUGAAAGAACCUGGCCAGUCUCCCAGGCAGGAUGGAGCUCAGAGGUCCUUUGGUGGCCUGCCUUUCUACAGCACCAAAUGCUUCUCUUGUGGCAGAAGCUCAUGGAAACUGUCCCGUUUUAGGUGGAUUUCCAAAGAGCCUGCAGAGAGGGCACUAUUGUUUGGACACUUUGUGCAGAAUGUCCUCCCAUUUCUCCAGUGCCCAGUCGGGUUACUGGCAGAAUUAGUCAGCAGAUGACGAAGCCACACCCAACCUGGCUGUAAAGUAGCCCAGUGUGGGUCCAGGAUACUGACAUGCCCUCCAGUCACAGCUUCCUGAGAACGCUGAGGUCCACUUGGCAAGCUCCCAGCCUGAACUGUGGACCUGCCCCUCUGGCCCUCUUCCUAGGAGGCUGGAUGGGCAUAUUAGGUACCCAGGAGGAAAAAGUGGCCAUGCUACUUUUCUCACUUCAGUCUGGUAUAGUCUGGUGCUUAUCUAACUUGAAGUAGUUCUCUUUGCUUCAGGGACAGAUGGGACAUAGACAAGUGUUGCCUGACUCCCCCUGGCGUUAAGAUUUUAAAGAAACAAAACCUCUGCUCUGAACCUCACUUGUGUCUGCACUUGACCCCUCUUGAUACUUGGCCCCGACCAGACAGUUCAUCAAGAGUCUUUCUCAGACAAGGAGUGAAAACUGCUAUUGCAAAGCUGUGUCUACCCAUUAUAUUGUGAAGAGCAUUUGUUUAUGUGUAUGUAUUUGCCUACGUGUUCCUGUGUUCAUGCAUGCGUGUAUGUAUGUGUGCAUAUAUGCAUGUGUGCAUACGCGUGUGUGUAUGCAUGUAUUCCUGUGUGUGUGUGUGUGUGUGUGUGUGUGUGUGUGUGUGUGUGUGUGUGUGUUCCUAUGUGCGCAUGCCAUUUGGAGACCAGAGGACAACUUGUGAGAAUUGGUUCUCUCCUUCUACCGCAUGGGUGCCCAGGAUUCAGCUCAAGCUUGGUCUUGGUGGCAAGUGCCCUCUACUGCUGAGUCAUCACCCCUGCUUGCAUUUAAGAUCAUAGGUGCUUUACUGGGCCCCAAGAAGAGGAACCACUCCAUGCUACUGCCAAAGUUAGACUUCAUUUUCUGUACUUUUCAAAUUCAGUUUUCUUUUCACCUGAUUUUGUUCACAGGCUUUGUGGAAACCCUCUUCUUCCUCCUCUUCCUCUUCCCCUUCCUCCUCCUCCUCCUCCUUCUUCCUCCUCUCUCUCUCUCUCUCUCUCUCUCUCUCUCUCUCUCUCUCUCUCUCUCUCUCUGUAGAUAUGUGUGUGUGUAGAUAUUCAAUACAAUUUAGCCAGUGUGUAUUUCUAGAGAAAUCCACAUUGAGGAAGGGCACAGGCAUGGUGUUGUGAAAUGAUACCCAGAAUGCACCAAGUCCCCACUCCUGUCCUUGUCCUGACACUAUGAAUCCUUCCAGGCCCCACGUUGCCUUUAGAUUAUAUGUAGUCGUGGCUUCUAGGGGUCCAGUUUCUAUACUCAUCCCUUGCCCAUGUUGACCUCUGUAUGUUUUGAAGACUGCUGUCCAGAGAAAUGUCUGUCAAGCUAUGUUUCUCCUGUGUUAGCUCAGGACCUAACUGAGGUUGUACAUUUUUGGCAAGAGUAGCACAGGAACUAAGUUGUCCCCUCGUCCCGGCCUCCUGGGAACACAGCCCCUGAGAACACUUGUAAAACACCGGAAGCACCUGAUGCACUGUGACACUUCCUAUUAGACCAUUAUUUAACCACAUCUUCUCGGGCUAGCUGUGCUUGUGACAUAGGACUCUCGGGGUGUGGCUUUAGAAUUUCUCAUAGGGUAUUAGUUCUUUUCUAAGGAAGCCAGAAAACGUCUAAGAUGGUGCUUUCCUGAAAAGGCUCUUGUUUGCCAGGAGAAUUAUCUGCGCAUUUAGUCCUGUCACUCAGGAAGCAGAGGCAGGUAAAUCUCUUAUGACAGGACGUACCACUUCCAAGCGGAAGACGAACAAGAAUGUCAGAUAUGGAUGUCUGUGCUGCAGAACAGCAAGGAAGAAGCUCUGAACAACGCGUUUAAGGGUGAUGACAACACCGGAGAGAAUAACAUCGUCCAAGAGCUGACCAAGGAGAUCAUCUCGGAGGUGCAGAGGAUGACGGGCAAUGACGUGUGCUGCGACUGUGGGGCACCAGAUCCGACGUGGCUCUCUACCAACCUGGGCAUCCUGACUUGCAUCGAGUGCUCUGGGAUCCACCGGGAGCUGGGGGUUCAUUACUCCAGGAUGCAGUCCCUGACCUUAGAUGUAUUGGGAACGUCUGAGCUUCUGCUUGCCAAGAAUAUUGGGAAUGCGGGCUUUAAUGAAAUCAUGGAGUGUUGCCUACCGCCUGAGGACCCAGUCAAACCCAACCCAGGCAGCGACAUGAUUGCAAGGAAGGACUACAUCACAGCCAAGUACAUGGAGAGGAGAUACGCACGGAGAAAGCAUGCGGACACAGCGGCGAAGCUCCACAGCCUUUGCGAGGCCGUCAAGACCAGAGAUAUUUUCGGGUUACUCCAAGCUUAUGCUGAUGGUGUGGACCUGACGGAGAAAAUCCCACUGGCCAACGGUCAUGAGCCAGAUGAGACAGCCCUCCAUCUUGCAGUCAGAUCUGUGGACCGGACUUCCCUUCACAUUGUAGACUUCCUCGUCCAGAACAGUGGGAACCUGGACAAACAGACAGGUAAGGGCAGCACAGCCCUGCACUACUGCUGCCUGACCGACAAUGCUGAGUGCCUCAAGCUCCUCCUGCGGGGAAAGGCCUCCAUUGAGAUCGCCAAUGAGUCAGGAGAGACCCCGUUGGACAUUGCCAAGCGGCUCAAGCAUGAACACUGUGAGGAACUGCUCAUUCAGGCCUUGUCAGGGAGGUUUAACUCCCACGUUCACGUCGAGUACGAAUGGCGGCUGCUGCACGAGGACCUGGAUGAGAGCGACGAUGAUGUGGACGAGAAGCUACAGCCUAGUCCCAACCGACGGGAGGACCGGCCUGUCAGCUUCUACCAGCUGGGGUCCAGCCAGUUUCAGCCCAAUGCUGUGUCUUUGGCCAGAGAUACUGCAAACCUCACCAAGGACAAGCAGAGGGGCUUCGGGCCCAGCAUCUUGCAGAAUGAGACCUAUGGAGCCAUCCUGAGUGGCAGCCCACCCUCAUCCCAGUCAGUACCCCCCAGCACCACCAGCGCACCCCCACUCCCACCUCGGAAUGUUGGCAAAGUUCAGGCAGCCACCUCAGCUAACACCCUGUGGAAGACAAACUCUGUAGGUGUGGACGGUAUCAGCAGGCAGCGAUCUUCGUCAGAUCUGCCAGCUGUCCACCCACCGCUGCCCCCUCUUCGAGUGACAUCUACCAAUCCCCUGACCACCACACCACCCCCUCCUGUGGCUAAGACAUCAGGAACUUUAGAAGCCAUAAACCAGCCAAGCAAGUCCUCCCAACCCGGGACCUCACAGAGCAAGCCCCCACCCCUGCCACCCCAGCCACCCAGCCGCCUGCCUCAGAAGAAGCCAGCUUCUGGGACUGACAAGCCAACCCCGCUGAUCAACAAAGGACAGCCAAGAGGACCUGAAGCUUCGGGUCCUCUGUCCAACGCCAUGGCCCUGCAGCCCCCAGCACCCAUGCCUAGGAAGUCACAGGCCACCAAGUCAAAGCCCAAGCGAGUCAAAGCGCUCUACAACUGCGUGGCUGACAACCCGGACGAGCUGACUUUCUCUGAGGGGGAUGUGAUCAUUGUGGAUGGAGAAGAGGAUCAGGAGUGGUGGGUGAGUCGGGGUGGGGCCACGGGGCCAGCGUACAAUAGAAGCUCUCAGCCCAAGCAGUGUGGCUCUGGGGCUGCUACCAGACUGAUGUGCAGUACCUGCCUCAUCCUCUGUGUCUCCUGUGUGUCGGGCACCUUCCUCUGAGUGGACCUAAUCUGUCCCUCAGGUGAACACCUCACUAUUAUGAUGGGUAGACCAUUUAGGUGACAUUUUCAGAGCACACUUGACCUGAACUAAGAGCUUCGAGGUCCCAGACUUUUGCAUACAAUCCUUCACCACCAAUUUAUGGAGCAAGGAAGGCAUCCAGGGAGCUGGGCUCCAGGAGAGUCCUCUUGUCGCUAUGACCCCAACAAAAUCUCUAUGCUGCUCAGCAUCUAGGUAGCAUAAGAGCAGCAUGGGCUUUGGGCUUCUCCCAGAAGCCCUUGAAGCUCAGACUCAACCAUUUACAAGCUGAGGACCUUGGUUGGCAGCAGGCGCUUGGAUCUAUAGACCUGGGUGACAUCACCGGGGGUUAGGAAUAAGCCAGUGGAAUGAGGUAGACACAGAAAGCACUCACCGGUGCUGCCACCCAGUGGCCACUCACGGCCCUGCUGCAUAAACAAAGCCUAGAUUCAAGUAUUUCAAAAGGUACCUCAGGACUUGAGGACUUUGCUUGUCAUUCACAGGAGUUUGACCUGAUCUGUAACUGCCCCUCCUGCAAGCCGCCCUUCUGUUAUCUGACCCCUAAGUUCUCUGCCUCCAGUGAGUCUGGGGCUCAGGCUUGUGGCACUGCUGUUGGCUUGAUUACAUUCUCCUUUCUUAAAGCAGCUGACAGAAGAUGAGCAUUCCCAUCUGCUUCCCUCAGAACAGGGCCAUUAGGGGCCAUAGCUACCAAACUCCCUCCUCCACAGGCUGAAGAACUCCUGUACAUGGCUGGGCCUGGUGAGAACCCAGCAUUGUCUGAGAACCUAACCUUGCCCCUCCAUGUAAACACCGACCAUUACCCAUCCUUUGGAAGCAGAUAAGGAAUUCACACCAUCUUACGUAGUACCAUACGGAUGAGACUCCAACCUGACACAGGCUUAGUCAUAUGUAACAUAUGGAAAAUUCAGAUGGGUACAAAAGAAGUAACUUAGCCUUAGCUACAGAGCCUGCCCCUCCUGAGGACCCACAGUUCUCAUUGGCAUUUUUGGGAAAAAAAAACCAAACCAAUAGUAUACUUUGGGAUUUUCCCUUUAGAGUUUGCCAAUAUCAUAAACAUGGUUGAGAUCUAUAACUGUUAUUAUCUAGACUGAAUGUUUUUAAGCCUUUCUACAAAUGCCUGAUAAAAUAUGAACGGAGCCACAUCAUAUUUUUGCCAAGUUAUAUGACUUUGAGUAUAAUUUCCUCAUUCAUGUACUAAGUGGGGAGAUGGCUUCCCUGGUGCCUUCUAGAUCGCUGGGGCCCAGGGGCAACAUCUGUAUUCACCUGUAGCCACAUGAGGGCGUACAGGGCUUGUGGAGGGAGGCAGGAGCUCCAGCAAGCACAGACAGGAAGGAAAAAGGAAGUCCGGCACGGCGCAGUGUGCUUCCCGUCAUCCUUUAGCAGGAGAGAUUCCUGGGCAAACGCAGAUGUUAGUUUCCCCUCUGUGUCUGUGGCACUUGUAACCCACACUUGCUCAUUUCAGAUUGGCCACAUUGAUGGAGAGCCCAGCCGCAAAGGAGCGUUUCCCGUAUCGUUCGUGCACUUUAUUGCUGACUAAACUGCCACUGAACAGAAGCCUCUGUUUCACCCUUAUGUUCCAUUUUGUUACUGGUCCCAAGGCCAGCCAUACCAUUUCCAUGGACCGGGUUGUACGGCAGCCCAUCUUUUCACGAUCCUGUCCCAUUCUGAAAACUCAGAGGCAAGGUUUAUAUAUAAGCAGGAUUUUCUUUUUUUUUUUUUUUAUAUAAGUUGUGGUUUUCAUGCAACAUUGCUAUACUUCUACUAGGAAAAGCGGAAUUUCCUAAAAAGGGGGGGAUGAGAAGCUAUUUAACCUUAUACCCAGGAUCCUGUAUUUCCAGGAGUAACUAAGCAAAAAACCAGCUUCAACAAAUUUGAGGGAUUCUUAUGGCUUUCCUUAGCCCAGUUCUCACGUUGGUUAUCUUGUUUAGCACAGUCAGGUUAGCAAGCCAGCCCCAUACUGCUUCCCAGUCUGUCGCCCUCCCCUGGACUUUGACCACAAAUGCCAUCCAUUCACCUUUAAAGACAUGUAUCCCUUUGAAACUCAGCCAGUGUCUGUUCAAGGCAACUUGGCAAGUUAUAUGUUAGCCUUGUACUUUUCUGGACCCUGACUGUAAGGGGGCAGCUGUCAUGACCUCCUGCAUGUAUUACGACCCGUGGUUGUGAACAGUCAUGCCUAGCAUACUACUGAUGGGUUAUUACAGCAUAGCUGACGGUGGUCUGUUCUGCACCGGGUGUUUUUAAACUGCAGAUCCUGAAUUUGGUUGAACACUAAGGAUGCUGAAUCGCAAAGCAGCCCUUCAAACUAGCUUUUAUCGUAUGCCUGGGUGUUUUAGGAUUUGCCGUGUUCAGCGUCCCCUGUCAUGCAGGAAGCAACUGUACAGAAGUAGAAUACGUGGUGCAGGCCACAGUAAGAAGAGCCCAUUCCUCCAUGUCCUAGUGCGUGCUCCUGCCUUCCCCUCCCAGCUCCUGGGGACACCUGCUCGGCUUAGUUCUUGUCUUUUAAUAGGAUUCUCCAAGAGAAAUGGUAGCUACACUGUCUUGAAAUUUAGCCUAUCCAAUUGUUUGUAUUCAAGAGCAUAUCAGAAAUCUGUAGAUCUUGGGGAGCCCAGUACCCCCAAACGUCCCAUUUACACUACGUAAGCCCAUCACAUCACUCCUAAACUUACAAUCUGUGGGGUGGGGGAGGGGAACUAGGUUGUGUGUGAUAAAAAUCAUAACUCAUUAGUUUCAUGAACUUGACUGUCAUACCUCUGCUUAGUAACUGUAAGCAAAAGAGUCAUGGUUGGGAUAUGGGAAAUGAGAGGCGAGCAUAGAGCUUGAACAGAAGCUGGAGUGUGAGCAAAAGGAAUGGACUAUGGAUUAAGGAUUGAGCUCGACAGUGAGGCGAUGUUGCUGCCAAGGUGCAGCACUUAAUCGAAGCAGCCCCUUCUUUACUCUCUGUGCAAGGCUCUUACAAGCUCGGAGCUUCCCUUUCUUUGUUUCUUUCAAGGAAAACAGGACAAACUGGAAUGUCUUAUGAUGCUACAUAGUGACUGCUUCCUGUCUUUCAGAUUCUGGGUGAAAACAACGUGUUAGAUCUGUAAAGUCAGUAUCUCUCUCUCUCUCUCUCUCUCUCUCUCUCUCUCUCUCUCUCUCUCUCCCCCCCCCACCUCUCCCCACACUGCAUCUGUUUUUCACUACUUGCUAAUUUCUGUCCUUUGAGCCCUUCUCCUAGUCACGUUUUUCGUAGACUGAAGAGCGUGACCAGAUGCAUUUUGCACAUUGCACUUCCCAAUACCUUUUACAGUGCCUCCCGCCCGACCCCACACGCAUCUGUCUCAUCGGUCUUUAGUGACCUGGUGCCAGCUCUGAGGAAUCUAGUUGAUUUAUGUCAACAUUUUACCUCCAGUCCCAAGCUAAUCUAUCAGGUUCACUGGUACAUAAAUACCUAGGAAAUAUUUUUCCACUCUAAUUUGGUGGCGCUAUUGUGCGCUAAUGGAUAGUACUUUUUACCAGAAGAGAAAAAUCUAUUGACUUCCCUCCUAAUUAUCCUUUCUGUUACUUGCUCUUUGCAAAUCGAAGAGAAAGCAACGGAAAGGAAAGCAUUGUAGAUAUCUAUUUAUAUUUAAGGUUUACAUUUUCAUGAGAGUCAGCUGCGGAAUUCGGGCUUCUUUUAUUUUAUUUUUUUAAUUUUUUGCCGCUUUCCAUCAUUCUGAUGUGGAGGGCGGAUGACUCAGAAAAGGGUGCACAGACUAAUGUCAUCUAUUGAGGGUGGAGAAUGACCUGUAGCCGAGAACGCUAUUUUGAGAUGUAUGAUAUUCAAUUCAUUCACUUGAUUACUUUGGUCUGGUUGCAGCGCAACUGUAUAUACUGUAUAACCUAGACGGAUUAUUUUCAUUGUCCUUAUUGCAGUGAUUUAUAAUUAGGGCAUGUUUAAUAAAUUGACUUCCCGUUAACCAGUCAUUUGACUGGAAAAAAAAAAUAAAGUUCUUUUAAAUGGA